UCCUCAAUCUCUCUUCUCUCUCUUUCACACGAAGGACACCACACCUGACCAAACCAAACCGACCUUUACAGAUCACAGCUUUUUCUUCUUCUUCUUCCUUUCUUUGAGAACUUAGAUCGAACAGUUAUAGCUAUGAAGAGAAACGGAGGUGAAGGAACCAUAGACAGCUUAUCCAUGGCGAAUUGCUUGAUGUUGCUGGCCAGUGGAGGAGGAAUUGAGACCGAGACGAUGAUGACCAUGGACCACUCCUCCGGCCGAACCUUCGAAUGCAAGACCUGCAACCGUAAGUUUCCAUCGUUCCAAGCACUAGGAGGACACAGAGCCAGCCACAAGAAGCCUAGAUUGAUGGGACUUGAGUUGGGAUUAGGAGUAGAUGAUACCCAUCAACAAGCACAGCAACAGAUGAAACCCAAGACCCACGAGUGUUCAAUUUGUGGACUUGAGUUUGCGAUUGGGCAAGCUUUGGGUGGUCAUAUGAGACGCCACAGAGCCGCCGUCACCGGAGGCGGCGGUGCCAACUUAUCCCUUCUGCCGCCACAACCACCACCACCGACGAAGACGACUUCACAAGUUGCAGUGUUGAAGAAGUCUCAGAGUAGAAGGGUUUUUUGCUUGGACUUGGACUUGAAUUUAACACCUUUUGAGAACGAGAUUGGAUUGGAGUUCGGACUUGGGAAGAUGUCUCCUGUCCCGUCCUUGAUUGCUUGAUGCUCUCUUCUCUUCUCUCUUGCCUGUGUUAUUAAUGGCGGUUAUUCUUUUUUUAUUUUUCUGGGUUCAGAAUUUUUUUUUUUUUCAAUUUUAUUUGUAACUACGUAGACAGAAUCACAGAUGCUAUAGAUUGUUCAGACAGGCCUGUAAAUAGAGGUUUUUUUUAUGAGAUUAUAUAGAUUAUCAUAGAUUUUGAGGAUA